GCCCCUGCUUUCUCAUGAUAAGGGAGGCAGGGACAGUCUGGGUGAAUGAUCAGUAUACUCCUGGUCUGCUACACUGGCUGCUAACAGCUGAACACACUGCAGGAGAGAGGACUGACUGAGCACAAUACAGCGGCAAGCCACUGUGGGAGAAGAGAGAGAGGGGGGGAGAGAGACACUGAGCGACAACGGUGCAGCCAAGGAAACCACAGAAACACUCUUCCACACAAAUCCCCAACUCUGCGAGAGAGGAGAGAAAGAAGCAGCAGAGACAGACAAAAGCAUUCUUGGCUUUCAGUUUAACAGAAGAAGAAAAAAAUAACAAUAAGUCGGGCAAGAUCAUUUGCUUAAGAUACAAAUUCAAGGAGAAAGGCGUGACAGGACGGUUUAUGAUCUGUACAACAGGUCCCAAUACAAAGUAAGGGAUUGGAGCGCAGUGCUGCAUGAAUGAUAAAUGCAUCUGGGAGAAGCAACAAGUAGAAACAGGACGAGAGCAACAAUGAGGAUCGCGUGGCUGCUACUUUCACUAAGCUUCCUACUCCACAGCGUCCGUCCAGAUACCAGUGAACCAGUGGUGAAAAGCACAGCUACAACAGCUACAACAGCUGCAACAGCUACAACAGCUGCAACAGAUACAACCUCUACAGCAGCUACAACAGCUACAACAGCUACAACACCUGUUCAAGUUACAACAGCUACAACAGCUACAACAGCUACAACACCUGUUCAAGUUACAACAGCUACAACAUCUGCAAUAGCUACAACACCUGUUCAAGUUACAACAGCUACAACAUCUGCAAUAGCUACAACAGCUACAACAUCUGCAACAGCUACAACAGCUACAACAGCUAUAACAGCUACAACUACAAUAGCUACAACAUCUGCAAUAGCUACAACAGCUACAACAGCUACAACAUCUGCAACAGCUACAACAGCUACAACAGCUGCAACAGCUACAACAGCUACUAUGGCUACAACAGCUACAACAGCUACAACGGCAGCCAUCAGCGGCAACUCAGUGAUAUCCUCCAAUUCUGCCACCGUACAGACACCUGAACCCUUCGUGCCCAGUAAAACCCCCGAGACUCACCACACCAAGACAACCAAAAUCACAAAGGUCUCAACUGAUGCCACAGCAGGACAACAGCCCACGACUCACACCAGCGUCACCACCAAGAUGAAUGAAGGAGAUAUAGAGAAAACCACUGUGACAGUUACAAGAAGCGGGCAGACGACAUUAGGGGCCCUAGAGCCAAGUAGGAGCGCAGGGACCACCAGCAACCCCACCAUCAUGACCAAAAGAAGUUCUCCCGUACCUGAGAACCUAACUGGAACCACAUCCCUGAAACCUACCAGCCCCACCACCAUCACAGGCACUCAGCGAAAGAGGUUGCAGUAUUCUCUAAACAGCCAACACGAGGAAGAUCAUGACAAAGAACUCGUGGAGGUGUGCAAACGGUUCAUGGUGAAUGUGCAAGAUGGAAACUGCACCCUGAUCUGGUCGCAGCAGAACGAAAAAGUACACAUUUACUCUGUGGAGAUAAAUGGCAAAAUGAAAAACAACCUUGCAACCCAGUAUUAUGAAGAAAUCUCCAAGAAGAAAGCAACAGAUAAUAAAACCCUGAUCGCCAUCCUGGCCUCCUGUGGAGCUCUGCUCAUCAUGAUCGUCAUCCUUGCCGUCUGUGCCUCCCACCACCGCAAGCCGUACCACGAGAACCAGCAACACCUGACAGAGGAGCUGCACACGGUGGAGAAUGGCUACCAUGACAACCCCACUCUGGAGGUGAUGGAGGUGCAGCCGGAGAUGCAAGAGAAGAAAAUGGCGCUGAUUGGAGAGUUCAACGACAGCUGGAUAGUUCCCAUUGACAACCUGCUGAAGGAAGACAUACCUGACGAGGAGGACACUCACCUGUAGACAGAACCAGGGACAAAGGAGAAGAAGAACAAGAAGAAGGAGGAGACAGCGACAGGACCUGGCAAGUUCAAGCCCAAACAAACAAAAGAAUCCACACUUCUUGCUCCAUGCCACACACCUGACCCCGGGAUCAUGUCCCUGUAGACUUUCUAACAUAGAAAUGCAUCCUGUAGAGCAACCAAGCCACCACUUUAAUGUUGUUGACCUGCUCUGUUUGAUGCAUUUCUGCUGCUUCUUGGCAUUAAACAGAAAUAAAGAUCAAAAGUCAAUCACUGUGAGGAUGAAGAGCCAAUAAAAUCAGACACAGUGGCCUUGAAAAUGUAAUGUUUGAAAUCCACAAAGUGUAUAGGCUCAACAGGCAACAGUGUCUGUACAGUAGACUAGUUUUAAAGUUCCAUGUUUUACACUUUUACUGUUUUACUGUUUUAUUUGAAGUGUUGAUCCAUAAGAAGAUAUAUUUGUGGUUUUAAGAACCAAAAACCAUCUCAAUGUAGUUUUACAUCUCCUCUCUCAGGCUUCUCUCUGGAGCUUUGGUAACAACAGGUCGGUGAGCCAAUCAGAAGAGAGGCUCAGAGCCUCCUCUCUUCUGUGGACUGAGCGCUUUGAUACUUACUCAGUAUUAAUAUAGAACCUAGACCUACUUUAUAAUUAAACAACACAUGGACAUCUACCUUUAUACUAUAUGGACCUUUAAUAUAAGUGUGACUUCCUUCAGAGCACAAUUCAAAGAUGUUAGUAGAAUGUAAUUCACAGUUGUUAUUGUAAAAAGUCAAAAGAGUCCCAGACCCCAAGAGGAUUGCGCCUUCUCUUCUGCAGAUUUAAACCCAAGCUCCUGUAUGUACAGUAUUUUUAUAUAAGCUUCUGCAUAUGUAGAGGAGCCACACUUUGUGUUAUCAUUUGGCUCCGGGGAGGAAGAACAACAUCCACACUAACUAACUUAGGUAGAUGACCUCAGGAUACCUGAAAGAAUCCUGGUGAUUUUCCACCAGUGUGUGUGGACUACGAUGAAACUACCAGUGGCUGUAAGAGCUGCACUGGUUUAACUGAGCACUAACCUCAUUCAUCAAACAUGCAACUUGUCCAUAAAGACACUGGGUGUAUAGACAUAAGACAAAUAUAGGGCUUUAAUCCAGAUGGCCACAUAUUGACUUUAGGCUGUACGGAAGUCCAAAAGGGACAUUUCACAAACAUAUUUUGUCUUGAUCUGAGGCUGUUUUCAUUACAAAAUGAUAACAUAACAAUCAAUCAGCUUCCAUCUCAUCAUUUGAAAAAACAAGUCUUUAGUAGAGAUGAAACAAGUAAUCGAUUAAUCAAUCAACAGGAAAUUAAUUGCAAACAUGAUAAUCAAUUGUUUAAAUCAUUUUUUAAGCAGAAAGUCACAGACUCCAGCUUCAAAUGUGAAUAACUGCUGGUUUUCUCGGUCAUUUAUUAUAUUAAACCACAUAUGUUUGGCUGCAAGACAUUUGAGUACUGAGAAUUCCUCAUUACGAUCAGAACAAUUCACUGAGAAAAUGAUUGACAGCAAUCAAAAAUGAAACUUUACUUUUGUCCUCUCUGGUCUUCGACAGUGGAGGAACUCUCCCAGUAUUUGUAAAAAAAAAAAAACUGAUCAGAUGUUUUGUGAAGCUUUACUUUCUUUAAUCAAAAAAUAAUAUCUCAUUAUUUAAAUGCCUUACUUUAUAAAUAGUUUUCUCUUGAUAAUAUCUCAUUAUCUGGGGUUAAUGAGCUUUGUUAUCUUGAGAUAACGGGAUAAAAAAAAAUAUUUGCGAGUAUGGCUUCCAGACAAAAAAAACACCACCUCCUCAAUAGCAAGAUUAAAACUGGACUGAAGCUGAUUUUGGCCGACUCAGACACAUCUGAUGAAAAUGCUGUAAAUAGUGUGUAAAUGUUUUUCUCACUGUUGCUGAUGCUGGAAGGGUUGGGUUAUCUGACACUGGAAGAUGCCUUAAAAUAAAACCCUCACCUGAGCACUUUUUUUAAAACUUUUAUUUUGAAUUAUGUUUUGUUCAGUUUAAUAAUGUAACUUCCCUUUAAACCAAGUAAGUUUAUAUAUAUAUAUUUACUUCCACUUCAAACUAUAUACAAGUGGGUCCAUCACCUGGAGCACUACAAUCCAACUGUUUUCGUUGUGCGUGUUUUUUUGUGUCUACACUUUCACUUAUUGUAGUUGUGCCAUUUUCACCAAAGUACAUGUAAGUACAAGUAUUUGAUGUAUUUAUGGUUUGUUUUCUGCUGAAGGCAAACAGCAGGGGUCUGACACACUGGAUGCUGUAAACUGUUGAUCGUUAUGGCGAUUAUAUUCAGAUUUGCAAAUAAAGAAAUUGUUUUUUCCA